AUGGGACAGAAAUGUGCAGUGAAAUAAUAAAAAAAGAGAUACUGAGGAAAGAAAAGGAAGACAUGCGAGGACUAAACUAAUUCAAACUUGACAAAAACAAACUCAGGUAGUUUUUGUUGAAUAGUCUGUACUUCACUGGUGUAGUUGAUCUUGUUUUAUUCUUACAAAAACAAUUUAUCAAGUAUCUAGUGACGUAGAUUUACACAAACUAAAUGAGAUAUAAACAAUAAACUGCAUGUUGUUUGCAUGUCAGCAGUCUGUGAGUCAGUGCCGACUGCACAUAUGAAGAUCUCAGGACAAGGUCACCCUGGAGCAGCCAUGACACCAGGAUGUAGGACCCAGCCCCCCUCCCACCUCCACCCUCUUUCAAUCCUCUCUUUUUAAAUUGCAGCAAGCAGCAAAGACACUUCAGAGAGGGUUCUUUUUGGACAAAGAGGAUCCAGUGUGUGUUGAGGGGGGGAAACAGGAGAGAGGACAGGCACACCGGCAUUCUUCUCCCUCCUUCUUUACUCUCCGACCACCACUCGGAGGCUGACAGCUCCUGGCGGACGUGCAGGCAGGAUGAUAGCGGCUCAGCUCCUGGCCUACUUCUUCACUGAGUUGAAGGAUGAUCAACUCAAGAAGAUUGACAAGUACCUGUACUCCAUGCGUCUGUCGGACGAGACGCUGAAGGACGUCAUGGGUCGUUUCCGCAGGGAGAUGGAGAACGGGCUCCACAGUGACACCAACCCCACGGCCACCGUCAAGAUGCUGCCCACCUUCGUCAGGUCCCUCCCUGAUGGAUCAGGUAGAGUUCAGAGAAGAAUCACAAAAAUCAACCCUUGAACUGUUUGGAAUAAAAAAAAGAGAGAGAGAAUUUUGACCUGGGACACUACAAAUGUAUGGAUGUCGUCGUCGUCUGUCUUGUAUUUUCUUUUUCUUUUUUUCCUGUCUUUUGCUGAUGCACACGUACAUUUUAAACUCAUUCAGUCUCUGUUUUAUCAGUGUCCACACUGAACUAAAGCUCUGAUGCUCUCGUUGUUGUUUUAUUCAGAGUUUCCACAUUGUCAAUAGUUAAUGACCCUCAUCCUGCUAUGACCCGUCUGUAGAAACACAGAAAUAUUGCUGAGGCGUUAAAACGGUCUGUUACGUAACAUAAGCCUCUUUGUGGCCUAGAUUUGGACUCAGUAGAUCACUAUUGUCUUAGCACCGUAGCCAAAGAGGUCACGCAGUCAGGAGGAUCACAUGUCCUCGUCUGUCCCUAUAUAACAGCUGUCGGAAGGGAAAAAAAAACUGUUGAAUAAUAACCUUUUUGAGUUGGUCAGUACACAGACAACUGAAUGAUUAUCAACAUUUAUUUUCUGUUUAUCAGUUUCACUUCUGCGAUAAAUGUUUGUAUUUCAGUGUUUAAUCAAACAUCCUCCUCUUCUGGACUGAAAAGAAAUUCUUAAUAUUGACAGAAAGACUCUUUCUGACGGUAAACAACUCUUAGAGAGAAAGUAUUUGACCGACUGACUCCACCUGAUUGUGUAGUUAAUGCAGUAUUAACACGUGCAGCGUUUGGAAGCGCUCUAACUCUUUGUGACCUGAUGGUGACAUCCGUGUGUAGGUCCUGCGUUCCACUAAUGAUAUAAAGUGGUUUACCUUCUUGCUUUAACACUGGUUCGAGGAGACUUAGCACUGAGCAACAAAUCACGCUUUGUCACCUCAUGGUCGACCUGCGGCAGUCAUCGAGGUCACGCUGCAGAGGCGACCAGGAGCAGAAUCAAUAUUCAGUAAUCAAUAGUCGACUGACUGUGGUAGAAAGGAACACACUGGUAAAAAUUAUUAAAAAUAAAGAUGAUUUUUUUUUGUCUGUGACUGUUAGGCUUCAGCUCAUGUACAACUUUAUUACACAGAUCCCCAGAGAGUUUGGGUCCAAAGUUUUUGGUACGUUUCUCACUUGACUAAUCUGUUUCUCUAGGUUGGAUUUUGGCUUCAGGAAACAUGGAACAAACACUAUGACCAUAGACACAAAAGUUCACCACAACAUACAAUGACAGACCCAGUUCAGUCCAGUUACGGUACAGGCGGUAAAACUCCGACCCACUGUUCCCUGCAGGCACUCACUGCAGUCAGAAACACGCACAUCCGUCAGCGACGAUCACAUGUCAUUCCAGUCAGGUCAGGUCAGGUGUAUAAAUAGUUCAACACAGCAGCAGCAAACACUACAGUUGGUCACAGUCUGUCAGUACUGAAUGAAGGACUUUAAUUUUUUUUUUUUUUUUUUUGACUUCCCCAGAAACUGAAAGGUCACAGGUCACACAAUCCUCACUGAUUUGACACCUUUUCAUACAGUGUCUCUGUGAAAUUCAUUUCAUUUUAUGAAGGAUUUAAAUACCAAUGAAUGGUUGAAGACUUUUACGUUGAAAUGAAUACUGCUGUGGGCACAGUACUACAGGGGAAACGACUGUGGGGAAAAUAUACGUUUAUUUAUUACGCUGUAAAAAUAGUUUGUAUUUGAAUACACGUCGUGUCCAGUUUUCAGUCGUUGAAUCUGAUCUAAUCAGAGUGAUUAUCUUCGCAGAGGAUCCGUUUACAUCUGCCCUCUAUGCCUAAAGUGACACUUGACCCUUGACCUCUACAGGUGCUCUGUUUACAUGAAAACACGUUGGAUGUAGAAGUAAAAACUAAGGCAGAGAAUCCUGACUUCAGGUCUCGUUUGUCUAUGUCUUUUAAAGUGUUUUUUUUUUUUUCACUAAAAACUAAAUUUUGUCAGAUGAAGCUGAUGAUGAAGCUUACUCACUUUUUUUUUGUGGAGUUGAACCCUGGGAUAUACACAGUCUG